CUCUAGAGGAAAUAAAGAUUUGUCUUCACAACUUGCUUUACAGUGUCUGAGUAGUGAAAGCACAAUGGACACUUUUUAGAGUUUUACAGAAGUCAAAAGUCAUCUAAGAACAAGAGCGUUGGACUUCAAGGAAUAACAGACUUUUAGAGAGCCCAGAAACUGGUCACUGAUAAACCUGAUUUGGCCGUGCAGCUUGGGAAUGAAUACCAUUGAGACAGCAAAGCUUGAAGAGCAUAUGGAGGGUCAAACCAAUGACACUGCUAAUGGCUACUCCCGACCCGCUCUCUCAGUCACUGAGGAGAACAAAAAUGUCACUAGCAAACCAAAGGGCUUGUCUAAUGGCUUGCGAAAAACAACAAAGAAAUACCCCGAUUACAUCCAGAUUGCUAUGCCUGCAGAGUCUAGGAACAAAUUUCCUCUGGAAUGGUGGAAAACAGGCAUUGCCUUUGUUUAUGCUCUCUUCAACUUGAUUCUAACAACUGUCAUGAUCACUGUGGUCCAUGAGAGAGUACCUCCAAAGGAACUAAGCCCUCCCUUGCCUGACAAAUUUUUCGAUUACAUUGAUCGUGUGAAAUGGGCUUUUUCUGUAUCAGAAAUAAAUGGAAUGAUACUGGUUGGGUUAUGGAUAUUCCAGUGGUUGUUUCUUAGAUACAAAUCAAUAGUGGGACGCAGGUUCUUUUUUAUAAUAGGAACUUUGUAUCUGUACCGCUGUAUUACUAUGUAUGUUACCACCUUACCUGUGCCUGGAAUGCAUUUUCAGUGUGCGCCAAAGUUGAAUGGAGAUUCUCAGGCAAAGGUUCAGAGGAUCCUGCGACUGAUUUCUGGUGGUGGUCUCUCUAUAACUGGAUCACACAUCCUGUGCGGAGACUUUCUGUUUAGUGGUCACACUGUGGUAUUAACGCUGAUCUACCUGUUCAUCAAAGAGUAUUCACCACGUCAUUUCUGGUGGUAUCACUUAAUCUGCUGGCUAAUGAGUGCUGCUGGCAUAAUUUGUAUCCUUGUUGCUCAUGAACACUAUACCGUAGACGUCAUCGUUGCUUACUAUAUCACCACGAGGCUUUUCUGGUGGUACCACUCAAUGGCUAAUGAAAAGACUUUAAAGGUCUCUUCGCAGACAAAUUUCCUCUCUCGAGCCUGGUGGUAUCCAAUAUUUUAUUUCUUUGAGAAGAACGUGCAAGGCUCUGUCCCAUGUAGCUUUUCCUGGCCAAUAUCUUGGCCUCCCAGCUGCUUCAAAUCUUCAUGCAAAAAGUAUUCACGGGUUCAGAAGACAGGAGAGGACAAUGAAAAAUCUACCUGAAGAAAAGGAAAGCAUCUGCUCUGUUUUGUUUUGGGUUUUUUUUACCAAAACAUUAAUGCUGUAACCAAAGUUCUUAAGAGGACUACGCUGUAACUGAAGAAGUGGACCAAGCUUCUGUGCAAUUGAUUGGAAAGACAAUUGUAAACACACGUAUUGCCAUUUCCUAGGUUUUCCUGUCAUCAGGCUGUGCAGACCUAUUCUGCUCUUCAGUGCUAACAGAGUGCACCGCCGAUGGGACUUUUUUAUUAAAGAAAAAAUGGAGCAGGACUU